UUGCGUGAUUUUUUUCUUUCGGCUUUUUGGGCUAGGUUGGGGAUUCAACGACAUCUUUUUUUUGACGAUAAAAUUCCCAGGAAUGAUUGGACACGGCACGAAUUCGGAUCAGAUCGAUUGUAUACAUCCUGGGGUCUGGUGGGUUUUGUUCAUGGGACGAAGUAUUUGUUUGCGAGAACGAGGAAGAACGGGCAUGUCUGCGAUGAGCGAUAUCAUAUAUGCACCUCUUCCUAUAUGCAUCUGCGGCCCAGCAAAAGAAUUGGACCGGGGUGAUGUUUCUCACCUUAUCUCUCGCGUUGUCUUUUCGGGUAGGGAAAAAGAGUCUACCUAUGACGGACUGUCUGACGAGAGACAACAUGUUAUCUAUGUACCUAGGCAUGUAUAUAUGUUCUUUAUGCACCGCUGCUAUUUUCUCUGCUGUUGUACACUAUCUCUUUUUUUUGUUUUGUCUGUUUUCUUGCUGCUUGAAAUGAUCUGGGCAUGUUUUAGCUUCUGCGCCAUCUGUCCGAGACCUGGGUGUAAUUAUAGAAUCCGGAUCUGUUUCCUAUUAUCAUUUUUAUAAAGAGAUGACAUUCUUCAUAUUUCUCACAUUAUACCGGUGAUCUACUAGUAUACUAGGCUAGGUAGUUAGGUAGUCAGCCUCUCACACGUGUACAAUACACACCCCCUAUAGGUUAAUUUGACCGGAGAGGGGUAUUCUACUAAACUCCUAGUCAGUUAAUAUACUUUACUGCUGACUGAAGCG